AUGAGUGGAGAAUUAGCAAAUUAUAAGAGACUUGAAAAAGUUGGGGAAGGUACCUAUGGUGUUGUUUAUAAGGCUUUGGAUUUGCGUAACGGUCAACGAAUCGUUGCUUUAAAGAAGAUUAGAUUAGAAAGUGAAGAUGAAGGUGUUCCAAGUACUGCCAUUCGUGAAAUCUCUCUUUUAAAAGAAUUAAAAGAUGAUAAUAUUGUUAAGUUAUAUGAUAUCGUUCAUGCAGACGCACAUAAGUUAUAUCUUGUUUUUGAGUUUUUGGAUUUGGAUUUAAAAAGAUAUAUGGAAAGUAUCCCCAAGGAUCAAUCAUUAGGUGAUAAAAUUAUCAAGAAAUUCAUGAUGCAGUUGUGUAAGGGGAUAGCAUACUGUCAUUCUCAUCGUAUCUUGCAUCGUGAUUUGAAACCUCAGAAUCUUUUAAUAAAUAGAGAUGGGAAUUUGAAAUUAGGUGAUUUUGGUCUUGCAAGAGCAUUUGGUGUCCCAUUAAGAGCUUAUACACAUGAAAUUGUCACACUAUGGUACAGAUCCCCUGAAGUGUUGUUAGGUGGGAAACAAUAUAGUACUGGUGUGGAUAUUUGGUCGAUCGGGUGUAUCUUUGCUGAAAUGUGUAAUAGAAAGCCGAUUUUCAGUGGUGAUAGUGAGAUUGAUCAAAUUUUCAAAAUCUUUAGAAUCCUGGGUACUCCAAACGAAUCUAUUUGGCCUGAUAUCGUCUAUUUGCCGGAUUUCAAACCAAGUUUCCCUAAAUGGCACCGUAAGGAUUUAGCACAAAUUGUUCCAUCUCUGGAUUCACAUGGGAUCGAUUUAUUAGAUAAAUUAUUGGCCUAUGAUCCUAUCAAUAGAAUAAGCGCAAGAAGAGCUGUCAUCCAUCCAUAUUUCCAAUAG